AUGGCGGGAGUGGCUAAGAAGCAGGCUCUCCGUGCGUUCAAGGGCUUACUCGAAACCGGCGCAUACUCCGAUCUCACCAUCACGUGUGGCAGUGACACGUACAAAGUGCACAAAGCGGUUGUUUGCGAAAGGCUUGACUUCUUCGCGCGUGCGCUCAGAUUUGGUGGACAGGUGAGUAUCGAAUACAUUGUGCAAUGA